UUCCUAGCAUUGGGAUCAAUCAGCAAUUCAUCACGUUUACAAAUGUUACUAUGGAGUCUGACAAGUAUAUAUGCGUGCGAGAGACGUCACCACAAAACAGUGUUGUGAUCAUUGAUAUGAAUAUGCCCAUGCAGCCUCUUAGGAGACCUAUCACUGCAGAUUCUGCUCUUAUGAACCCAAACUCAAGAAUCCUUGCAUUAAAAGCUCAAGUUCCAGGAACUACUCAGGAUUAUCUACAGAUGUUUAACAUUGAAGCAAAAGCAAAGCUGAAAUCACAUCAGAUGCCUGACCAGGUUGAGUUUUGGAAGUGGAUUACACCCAAGAUGUUGGGGCUGGUCACACAAUACUCAGUGUAUCACUGGUCCAUUGAAGGUGAUUCUGAGCCAGUUAAGAUGUUUGAUAGAGCGACCAAGCUGGAAAACAAUCAAAUUAUUAACUACAAGUGCUCUCCUAAUGAGAAGUGGUUGGUGUUAAUUGGAAUCACUCCUGGUCCUCCUGAGAGACCACAAUUGGUAAAAGGAAACAUGCAGCUAUUUUCUGUGGAUCAACAGCAGACCCAGUCCCUUGACGCACACGCUGCAUCAUUUGCUCAGUUUAAGGUCCCUGGGAAUGAGAAUCCUUCUACCCUUAUAUCCUUUGCAACCAAGAGCUUUAAUGCUGGGCAGAUAACAUCAAAUGUGCAUGUCAUUGAGCUUGGUGCCCUACCCGGAAAGGCAUCAUUUGCAAAAAAGAAGGCAGAUCUCUCUUUUCUCCCAGAUUUUGCUGAUGAUUUUCCUGUUGCCAUGCAGAUCUCUAACAAGUUUAGCUUGAUAUAUGUCAUCACCAAGCUUGGCUUGUUGUUUGUAUACGAUCUAGAGACUGCUUCUCCUAUCUACAGAAACCGGAUAAGUACAGACCCAAUUUUCUUGACUUCUGAAGCCUCUUCUGUUGGGGGUUUCUAUGCCAUUAAUAGGCGUGGACAAGUUCUUUUGGCUACUGUUAACGAGGCUACUAUAAUACCUUUUAUUAGUGGUCCAUUGAAGAAUUUGGAGCUUGCUGUCAAUCUUGCUAAAAGAGGAAACCUCCCUGGUGCAGAUGAUCUGGUUGUAAAGCGUUUCAAAGAGCUGUUCGAUCAAACAAAGUACAAAGAGGCUGCUGAGCUUGCUGCUGAAUCUCCUCAGGGGAUUCUAAGGACACCUGAUACAGUGUCCAAGUUCCAGAGUGUUCCUGUACAAGCUGGGCAAACUCCUCCAUUGUUACAGUAUUUUGGGACGCUUUUAACUAAAGGAAAGCUCAACUCAUAUGAGUCAUUAGAACUGUCUCGCCUUGUUGUGAAUCAAAACAAGAAGAACCUCCUGAAAAAUUGGUUAGAAGAGGAUAAGUUAGAAUGCAGUGAAGAACUUGGUGACCUUGUCAAGACUUUGGAUAAUGACCUUGCUCUGGAAAUAUACAUCAAAGCCCAGACCUCUCCAAAAGUUGUAGUAGCACUUGUUGAAAAAAGGGAGUUUGACAACAUACUAAUUUACUCAGAGAAGGUUAAGUACACACCUGAUUACCUGUUUCUUCUGCAAACCAUACUCCGUACAGAUCCUCAGGGAGCAGGAGAAUUUGCAGUAAAGAUGUCUCAAAUGAAAGGAGGUUGUCCACUUGACAUCAACACCAUCACUGACCUUUUUCUUCAGAGAAAUCUAAUAAGAGAAGCUACUGCUUUCCUUUUGGAUGUGCUGAAGCCAAAUUUACCUGAACAUGCUUUUCUGCAGACUAAGGUUCUGGAGAUCAAUUUGGUAACCUUCCCUAACGUGGCUGAGGCCAUUUUAGCUGGGAGUAUGUUCAGCCACUAUGACAGGCCUCGUGUUGCUCAGCUUUGUGAAAAGGCUGGACUUUAUAUCCAAUCCUUAAAGCAUUACUCAGACUUAAAUGAUAUAAAACGUGUGAUUGUCAACACGCAUGCUAUUGAGCCACAGGCUCUUGUUGAUUUUCUAGGCACUCUUUCUAGCGAUUGGGCUAUGGAGUGCAUGAAGGAACUUUUGAUAGUUAACCCGAGAGGCAACCUACAGAUAAUCGUUCAGGCUUGCAAGGAGUACUGUGAGCAACUUGGUGUUGAUGCAUGUAUUAAACUCUUUGAGCAGUUUAAAUCAUAUGAAGGGCUAUACUUUUUCCUAGGCUCAUAUGUUAGAAUGAGUGAGGAUCCUGAGGUUCAUUUCAAGUACAUUGAAGCAUCUGCAAAGACUGGUCAAAUAAAAGAGGUUGAGCGUGUGACUAGAGAGUCUAACUUCUACGAUGCUGAAAAGACUAAGAACUUUUUAAUGGAAGCUAAGCUUCCUGAUGCAAGGCCUUUGAUAAAUGUCUGUGACCGUUUCGGCUUUGUACCUGAUCUUACUCAUUACCUUUACAUAAACAACAUGCUGCGUUACAUUGAAGGUUACGUUCAAAAGGUGAACCCUGGGAGUGCUCCCUUAGUUGUGGGACAGUUACUUGAUGAUGAGUGCCCUGAAGAUUUUAUCAAAGGUCUUAUCAUCUCUGUGCGUUCAUUGCUGCCUGUUGAAACUCUUGUGGAGGAAUGCGAGAAGAGGAACCGGCUACGUCUCCUCACACAGUUCUUGGAGCAUCUAGUAACCGAGGGAAGCCAAGAUGUGCAUGUCCAUAACGCCUUGGGUAAAAUCAUCAUCGACAGUAACAACAACCCUGAGGGUUUCCUAACCACCAACAACUACUACGACUCUCGAGUUGUCGGUAAGUACUGCGAGAAACGUGAUCCUACGCUGGCUGUUGUGUCCUACAGAAGAGGACAAUGUGAUGAGGAGCUAAUCAACGUCACCAACAAAAACUCUUUAUUCAAGUUACAAGCGAGGUAUGUAGUGGAGAGGAUGGAUGGUGAUCUCUGGGAGAUGGUUCUUGAUGAGAACAAUGAGUAUAGAAGACAAGUUAUUGACCAAGUUGUGUCUACUGCAUUACCUGAAAGCAAGAGCCCAGAGCAAGUUUCCUCAGCUGUUAAGGCGUUCAUGACUGCUGAUUUGCCUCAUGAGCUUAUUGAGCUUCUUGAGAAGAUAGUGCUUCAGAACUCUGACUUCAGUGGGAACGUUAACCUGCAGAAUCUGCUGAUACUGACAGCUGUCAAGGCGGAUCCAUCUAGAGUUAUGGAUUAUAUUAACAGGCUUGAGAACUUUGAUGGGACUGUUGUUGGAGAAUUGGCGGUAGAAGCUCAACUGUUUGAGGAGGCAUUUGCUAUUUUCAAGAAGUUUAACUUAAACGUUGAGGCUGUCAACGUGUUGCUGGAUAACGUUAAAAGCAUUGAGCGUGCUGCUGAGUUUGCUUUGAGGGUUGAAGAAGAUUCUGUGUGGAGCCAAGUUGCAAAGGCUCAGCUCAGGGAAGGACUAGUCAGUGAGGCAAUUGAGUCCUUCAUCCGUGCUGAGGACGCAACUCAUUUCUUGGAGGUGAUACGCGUUGCUGAGGAUGCUAAUGUCUAUGAUGACAUGGUCAGUUACCUUCUGAUGGUUAGAAACAAGGUGAAGGAAGUUAAGGUUGAUAGUGAGCUCCUCUACGCAUAUGCAAAGAUCGGUAGGUUAGGGGAGGUUGAAGAGUUCAUUCUGAUGCCAAACGUUGCUAACUUACAAAACGUUGGUGACCGCAUGUAUGAUGAAGCUAUGUAUGAAGCUGCCAAAAUAGUCUAUGCGUUUGUAUCAAACUGGGGGAAGCUAGCUGUCACGCUUGUGAAACUGCAACAGUUCCAAGGUGCUGUUGAUGCUGCAAGGAAAGCAAGCAGUGCAAAGACAUGGAAGGAAGUGUGUUUUGCUUGUGUUGAUGCAGAGGAGUUCAGGUUGGCACAGAUCUGUGGCCUUAACAUUAUCAUUCAGGUGGAUGACCUGGAAGAAGUCAGCGAGUUCUACCAGAACAAAGGCUUCUUCAGUGAACUAAUCUCACUCAUGGAGAGUGGACUUGGGCUGGAACGUGCUCACAUGGGUAUCUUCACUGAGUUGGGUGUGCUCUACGCUAGAUACCGUUAUGAGAAGCUUAUCGAACACAUCAAGCUGUUCUCCACCCGCCUCAACAUUCCCAAGCUCAUACGAGCCUGUGAUGAGCAGCAGCACUGGCAGGAGCUUACCUAUCUCUACAUUCAGUAUGCUGAGUUUGAUAACGCUGCGACCACUGUGAUGAACCACUCUCCUGAAGCGUGGGAGCACGUGCAGUUCAAAGACAUUGUUGGUAAGGUUGCGAAUGUUGAGGUCUACUACAAGGCUGUGCACUUUUACUUACUGGAGCAUCCGGAUAUGAUCAAUGAUCUUCUCAACGUGCUUGCUUUGCGGUUGGAUCAUGCACGUGUUGUUGAUAUUAUGCGGAAGGCUGGUCAGUUGCGUCUUAUCAAGCCAUACAUGGUUGCAGUUCAGAGCAACAAUGUCACUGCUGUUAAUGAAGCUUUGAAUGAGAUAUACGUGGAGGAAGAAGACUAUGAAAGGUUGCGUGAGUCUAUUGAUUUACAUGACAGCUUUGACCAGAUAGGCCUUGCUCAGAAGAUAGAGAAACAUGAGCUUGUUGAAAUGAGACGUGUAGCUGCUUAUAUCUACAAGAAAGCUGGUAAAUGGAAGCAAUCAAUUGCAUUGUCAAAGAAGGAUAACUUGUACAAAGACUGUAUGGAAACUGCUUCACAAUCUGGCGACCAUGACCUUGCGGAACAGCUGCUGGUUUACUUCAUUGAACAGGGGAAGAAGGAAUGCUUUGUUACAUGUCUCUUUGUGUGUUAUGAUUUAAUCAGACCAGACGUUGCUCUAGAGCUUGCCUGGAUCAACAAUAUAAUAGACUUAGCCUUUCCUUACCUUCUCCAGGUAAUGCGAGAGUACACAGGCAAAGUGGAUGAGAUAAUCAAGGACAAGCUGGAGGCACAAAAAGAAGCGAAAGCCAAAGAGCAGGAAGAGAAGGAAGUCAUGUCCCAACAGAAUAUGUACGCACAAUUGUUGCCAAAUGCUUUACCGGCACCAUCGAUGCUACUUGCUUUACCGGCACCACCGAUGCAAAUGGGAGGGAUGCCACCGAUGCCAAUGGGAGGGAUGCCACCAUUUGGAAUGCCACCAAUGGGUGGCUACUAAGACACAACACACAAUGUAGUGUGAAUUAUAUUCCCGUCGUUUAGUUUAUGUUUGAAUGAUAACUCUAAAACUCUAUUA